AUGGCCCAAAAUGAACUGACUGAUGGAUGCACCCGACUGGAGAGCACCACAUUCCACGACUUCGCACUCUGGCUGUUUCCAAACGGACAGAAACAACACAGCUCUGUUAACAGCAUUGAUAUCUCUCUUAUGUAUCGCGGUUCUAAGGAUUUCGUCGUCGCAAAGUGGUCUGCUUGCUUCCUAGAUGAGGAAGACCAGCCAGUUCCACGAACGCGCCUCGGCGAUCCGUUGAAGAAAUAUUUCCGGGGAGGAGACGGCCGCAGGUUUUCGUACUCCCCAAGCGACGCUAGUAUACAAAAAUGGCUGGUCGAGGGUGCUCUUCGAGUGAAAUGCGAGGUCCAAAUAGCGAUGGAACUCACGUCAUCAAGACCGCUGAGAGGCAGCGGCAAGGCGACAGAUAAUUCAUUUAAACAAGACAUCGUCAAGUAUUGCGAGAGGGAUGAGACCCGUGAUGUUUCCGUAGUCUGCGGGAAAGAAAUCUAUAGAGCCUCUCGCUUCAUGCUUGCCGCCCGUUCAGAGGUGCUCCAGGCAAUGCUGGAAGGUAAAUUCAAGGAGGCUUCUGAAUCAGAAAUCAACUUCGAAGAGUUCUCUCCACAUAUCGCCAAGCAAAUCUUGGAUUUUAUCCACUAUGAUCGCUGUUCGCUGCUGGACGGGUCACCGAAGGCAGGCAAGGAUGGCGACAAAAGAAAAAAAAUCCAAGAUAUUUUGCAACUAUUCGCUGCCGCCGACAAGUACGAUAUAAAGGGCCUGGGCGACCUAUGCCAGGACGCUUUGAUUCAAAACAUGGAUCAUUACACCAUCGCCGAUAUCAUGGUUUUUGCUGAACAGAUCAGUUCGCAGAAGCUGCUACAGGCCGGUAUGUUCUUCCAGUACAAAUUUUUGUCUCGUCAGACUAGCCCCGCCAUUCACGCCAUUCGGUAUUGUCCGUAA